GACAUGGCGGGGACGACGCGGCCUGUGCUGUGGGUGCUCUGUGGGGUCUGGGUGACCGUCACCGCCAUCUCAGUGGAGACGCCGCCGGAAGUCCUGCGGGCUGCCCGAGGCCGGAGCGUCACCCUCCCCUGCACGUACCGCACCUCCGUCCUCGAGCGGAAAGGAUUCAUCCAGUGGGACAAGCUGCUGUGGAGCCACUCGGAAAGGGUGCUCGCCUGGACAUUUUCGACCAAAGACUACAACUACGGUAAACUGUAUGAGAACCGUGUCAACCUGUCGGGCAAUGCCGAGGAGUCCGAUGCCUCCAUCAUCAUCAACCAGCUGACCAUGGACGACAACGGCACCUACGAGUGCUCGGUCUCGCUGCUCAAUGACCUGGACGGCACCUCCAAGGCCCGAGUCCGCCUCCUGGUCCUGGUGCCACCCUCCAAACCCGACUGCAGCAUCCUGGGCGACACCGUGAUUGGGAACGACAUCCAGCUGACCUGCCAAUCGAAGGAGGGCUCCCCGGCCCCUCAGUACCGCUGGCAGAGCUUCAACCUCCAGAACCAGGAGCGGAAGGGCCCGCCAGCCUCCAUGAACGUGGCCCUGUACGCCGGCAUCGCGGGCGGCGUGGUGGCGGCCCUCAUCAUCAUAGGCGUCCUGGUCUAUUGCUGCUGCUGCCGGGAGAAGGGCGAGGACCAGGAGACCAGGCCGAAUCGGUCCAUCUACCGGGAGCCUCCAGAGCAGCUGAGGGAACUGCCCAGAGAGCGGGAAGAGGAGGACGACUCCAGGCGCCAAUCCUCUGACUAUGCUGCCCACGUGUGA